AUGCAGAUCAAGUCCGCUUUCGUGGCUGCGGCCAUCCUUGCCUUCUGUGACGCGCUUGCGACUCCCAUCCGCGCACGCUCGCCGUACGUUGUGAAGGAGACUCACUUCGUGCCUAAGGAGUGGCAGAAGCAGGAUCGUGCCCAUGGUGGGAAGACGAUCUCGCUCCAGAUUGGUCUGAAGCAGGGCCGAUUUGAGGAGCUUGACCGUCACCUUCACGAGGUCUCUGAUCCUGACCAUGCUCGCUAUGGUCAGCACCUGAGCGCCGAGGAGGUCGAUGAGCUCGUUGCACCCACAUCGCAGACACACGACCUUGUGCACGAGUGGCUCCAGGAGAACAGCAUUGAGAUUGAAAACCUGAGCUACAGCACCGCCAAGGACUGGAUCACCGUUCAUCUGCCAAUUGAGUCGGUUGAGAAACUCCUUGAUACCGAGUACCACAACUACAAGCACCAUGACGGCUCCGUUGUUGCGCGUGCCACAUCCUGGUCGCUUCCUCGCCAUCUGCACGAUCACAUUGAUGCCAUUCAGCCCACCACUUCGUUCUUCCGCGCGGAGAAGAACAUCGCUACUUACUUCGAGGGUGGUGCUGAGAUUCCUCAGGGCUACCAGGCUCCCUCCAACCAGACCAUCGCCGCGGUCUGCAAUGCAACCUCUGUCACUCCUCAGUGUUUCGAGACUCUCUACCAAACCAAGGGCUACAAGCCGAAGGCUCUCGACAAGAACAAUGUCGCAUUCAACAACUUCCUUGGCGAGGUUCCGAUCCGCCCUGAUGGAAAGCUCUUCUUGCAAAAGUUCCGCCCCGAGUCCGUUGCUCAGGCUGCAAACUUCAAGCAGAUCUCCAUCGACAACGGCCCAGUCCAGGACGGUCCUUUGACUGCCAACCAGACUGCCGAGGGCACGAGCCGAGAGGCUAACUUGGACUUCCAGGCUAUUGCUGGUAUCAACUACAAUACACCUAUCAUCAGUUACUCGACUGGUGGCUCGCCCCCGUUCGUCCCGGACAUCACCACCCCGACCAACACCAACGAGCCCUACCUUGUGUGGGUGAACUACUUGCUUUCGCAGAAGGACCUUCCCAAGAUUGUUUCUACUUCAUACGGUGACUCUGAGCAGACCGUUCCCCGCUCAUACGCCGAGCGCGUCUGCAAGCAGUUCGCUCAAGCCGGUGCUCGCGGCACCACACUCUUCUUCUCCUCUGGUGACAGUGGUCUCGGUGGCACCGACAAGUGCUACUCCAACGACGGCAAGAACACCUACCGCUUCAACCCCAACUUUCCCGCCUCGUGCCCAUACGUCACCGCCGUCGGCGCGACCAUGAACUUCGCGCCUGAGGAGGCCGUUUACCGUGCUGGCCGUAACACUUCCACCGGUUACCGUGACUUCUAUGCUGGUGGCUCCGGUUUCAGUAACUACUUCGACCGCCCCACAUGGCAGGGUAACGCUGUCCCUCAGUACAUCAAGGGUCUUGAUGGCCUGUACGAUGGUUUGUACAACAAGAAGGGUCGCGCGUACCCUGACCUUGCUGCUCAGGGUCUCUACUUCGCUUACUUCUGGAACGGCACCGAGGGCACCAUCUCUGGUACUUCUGCCUCCACUCCUCUGACUGCUGGUAUCUUCUCUCUCGUCAACGAUGCCCUGAUUGCUAGCGGCAAGCCUGUUCUUGGUUACAUCAACCCCUGGCUCUACAAAAAGGGCUACAAGGGCCUGAACGAUAUCCUUAAGGGUACAAGCCACGGCUGCAACGUUGAUGGUUUCCCCGUUACUGAGGGUUGGGACCCUGUCACCGGUUGGGGAACACCCAACUUCCCUAAGCUCCUGAAGGCCGUUGGCGCGAAGGUUCACUAG